AAUUAGAGAAGACUCUAAAUGACUCAGAAGGUUCUCGAGCCAAUCUUUGAAAAAAACAACAAACAUAAAUUUUUCUUAUUUGAUCCAAUCUUAGAUUCAUGGUUGGUAAGAAUCAAUCAAUUUGGGAGUUGGGAGUAGUAAAAAUACUUCAACUUGCAUUAAACUUUGCAUUGAAUCUGAUUUGCAGAAAAAGGAGAUCUCUUUUUCUCCAGAACAAAGUUUUUCUCUAUGUAAAAUUUGUCUGAUCGGUUCAAAGAGAGGAUUUUUCGGAGAUGGGUUUGUUGGAAUCGGUGAAAUCAAUCAACUGGGAACAUGAAUCAUCUCCGGUUUAUCAGGAUUUUCGAGUUCUUCCUCUCUUUGCAGUAUUCUUCCCUACUAUUCGAUUUCUCCUCGAUAGAUUCGUCUUCGAGAAAUUGGCAAAACAUUUGAUAUAUGGAAAACAUAGGCAGGAUAUGGGAGAUGACACAACCGAGAGAAAUAAGAAGAUCAGGAAAUUCAAAGAAUCUGCCUGGAAGUGUGUUUACUAUCUAUCAGCUGAGAUUCUUGCUUUAUCUGUUACUUACAAUGAGCCUUGGUUUAUGAACACUAAAUACUUUUGGGUAGGCCCUGGUGAUCAGACUUGGCCUGAUCAACAAACAAAGUUAAAGUUGAAGCUUUUGUAUAUGUUUGUGGCUGGUUUCUAUACAUACUCCAUCUUUGCUCUGAUUUUCUGGGAAACGAGGCGUUCUGAUUUUGGAGUUUCAAUGGGUCAUCAUAUUGCCACUCUUAUUCUUAUAGUUCUCUCAUACGUAUGUAGCUUCUCCCGUGUUGGUUCUGUUGUUCUGGCUCUUCAUGAUGCUAGUGAUGUGUUUCUUGAAGUUGGGAAAAUGUCUAAAUAUAGUGGAGCUGAAAGAAUCGCAAGCUUUUCAUUCAUUCUUUUCGUUAUGUCUUGGAUCAUUCUCCGCCUCAUUUACUAUCCCUUUUGGAUCCUAUGGAGCACAAGCUAUGAAGUAGUUUUGGAGCUGGAUAAAGACAAGCACCCAAUCGAAGGACCAAUUUACUACUACAUGUUUAACACUCUCCUAUAUUGCUUGCUUGUUCUUCACAUUUACUGGUGGGUUUUGAUGUAUCGGAUGCUUGUGAAACAAAUACAAGAUAGAGGCAAGCUUAGUGAAGAUGUCAGAUCCGAUUCUGAAGGCGAAGAUGAGCACGAAGACUGAUUGAUCACAAAGGUAGAAGAAACUUUCGUCUGGUUAAAUAUGAAAUGUAAAAGCACGGUGUUCUCUCUUAACAUUAUCGCAGAUUCUUUUGUUCUGUCUCUGUGAUUCUGAUCGCUAAUUGGUGUUUAAGAGUGGAGACUGAGUAUUCAAUCUCCAACAUUGGACCAACUCAUGGAACAGAACUGAUUAAGGAGACCUGAAAUUGUAGUUGUAUUGAAUUGUAGUCUGAACAAAUUCCAUAUCUUCUUGUAUUGUAUUCAUUUCUUGUUUAGGAUCACUCACCAAUUCAUGAUAUAUACAAAUGUUGUAUUCAUAUUUGUUUAGGAUCACUCACCAAUUCAUGAUAUAUACAAAUGUUAUCAUUGGCCU